AAGAAUGCUGUGAGCGCCAUCCACCCCGCACCUGCAAACACACACACACACACCACUCCUCCACCUCGCACACCUUCCCUUCCAUCUGCACACGCAACCCCUGGUCUGGCCGGAUGAGUUACCACCCGGUGGACACGAUAGGGAGUCCAUUCAGGAGAAGUAUGGAUAGUAGGACCACCUACGGCCGCUCCACUGGCACCCCCUCCAGCGGGUUCCGUUCUCAGUCCUGGUCCCGGGCAAGCCCAGGCUCCACGAUGACCUCCUCCUACAAGAGGAGCGUCAAUAUGCCGGUAGCCCGAGCGUACAGCUCCACACUCCUCAGCUCCGCCGACAGCGUUGAUUUCAAUCAAACGAACGGAGACUACAAGCGCUCCAACGAGAAAGAGCAGCUCCAGGGGCUCAACGACCGCUUCGCCGGUUACAUCGACAAGGUGCACUACCUGGAGCAGCAGAACAGCCAAAUCGAAGAGGAGAUCCAGACGCUGCGGCAGAAGCAGGUGUCGCAAUCCCAGCUAGGCGAUUUAUACGACCAGGAACUCCAGGAGCUGCGCUCCAUGCUGGAGCAGAUUCACCACGAUAAAGCGCAGAUCCAGCUCGACACGGACCACGUCGAGGAUGACAUCCAGAGAAUUAGGGACCGUUUCGACGAGGAAGCCCGCAUCAGGGAUGAGACGGAAGGCAUCAUCCGGGCGUUGAAAAAAGAUAUGACCGACUCUGAUUUGGUGAAGUCAGAGUUGGAGAAGAAAGUUCAGUCACUGCAUGACGAGAUUGCCUUUAUCCGCAACAACCACGAGGAAGAGGUGAGCGACCUGUUCGCCCAGGUGCAGGCGUCGCAGGUGACCAUGGAGAGGAAAGACAUCCAGAAGACGGACAUCACCGAGGCGCUCCGGGAGAUCCGCACCCAGCUCGAGGGCCACUCCAACCAGAACCUGCAGCAGGUGGAGGACUGGUUCAUGUGCCGCUAUUCCAAGCUCACUGAUGCUGCGGAACAAAACAAAGAUGCAAUCAAGUCCGCCCGUGAUGAGAUAGCAGACUACCGCCGCCAGCUCCAGUCCAAGACCGUGGAGUUAGAGUCCGUCCGUGGAACCAGGGAGUCACUGGAGAGGCAGUUGAAUGACAUCGAGGACCGACACAACAGCGACCUGUCCAGCCUGCAGGAGACCAUCCACCAGCUGGAUAAUGAGCUCAAGGGCACGAAGUGGGAGAUGGCGCGUCAUCUGCGCGAGUACCAGGACCUGCUCAAUGUCAAGAUGGCCCUGGACAUUGAGAUAGCUGCAUACAGGAAACUCCUAGAAGGUGAAGAGACCCACUUUAGCACUUUCCCUUACCGCCACACCGUUACCUCCUCUAAGAAGUCCAAGUAUGAGCCUCCCAAACUGAAAGUCCAGCAUAAGUUUGUCGAGGAGAUCAUCGAGGAGACCAGGGUAGAGGAUGAGAAGGAUGAGAUGGACCAAGACCUGGCUGAGAUCGCCCAGGAGCUUUCUGCCGCUCUGGAGACAGAGGCCACAGAUGAAGGAGAGGAUGAGGGAGAAGAGGGAGGAGAAGAAGCAGAGGGAGAAGAGGGAGAAGGGGGAGAGGGUGAAUCAGAAGAGGUUGUAGCCUCCACUGAUGCCCAAGUUAGCUCCAGCACACCUGCUGAGGAGGAAGAGGAGGUCAAAGAAGGUGGUGAUGAAGAGGGAGGGCAAAAAGAAGAAGAGGAUGAGAAAGGAGAAGAGGGUGAGGGUGACAAGGAAGAUGAUACAGAAGGUGGUGAUGAGGGAGAAGGAGAGGGGGAAUUAGAGGAGACAGUCCUGUGCUCUAAAGCCCCAGAAUCAAAGGCCUCUCCUGACAAAGAGAAGGGAAGCGGAGGAGAAGAGGAGACAGGAGAGGGAGAAGAGGAGGGAGAUGAUCAAGAUGAAGAUGCAGGUAGUGACAAAGGAUCCAAAGAUGGAGAUGAUAAGGAUGAGGAAGAUGAGAAGAAAGGAAAGGAUGAGAAAGAAGACAAAACAGAUGAGAAGGCAGCUGUAGCCAAGACAGAGGCUCCCAAAACAGAAGCCCCCAAGAGUGAGGCCCCAAAAGUUGAGGUCCAGAAAUCUGAGGCCCCAAAGCCCUCCAAGCCAGACUCCCUAAAAGCUGAAUCCCCAAAGGCUGGGUCCCCCAAGUCUGAGUCACCAAAAGCUGGAUCCCCCAAACAUGAAUCCCCCAAAGCUGUAACCCCCAAAUCUGAAUCUCCAAAACCUGGCUCCCCCAAUUCUGAAUCCCCAAAACCUGCUGGAUCCCCUAAAUCUGAAUCCCCAAAACCUGCUGGCUCCCCCAAAUCUGAAUCCCCCAAACCUGCUGGCUCCCCCAAAUCUGAAUCCCCAAAACUUACAGGAUCCCCAAAAUCUGAAUCCCCAAAACCUACAGGAUCCCCCAAAUCUGAAUCUCCCAAAUUAGGAUCCCCCAAGGCAGAGUCCCCUAAGGGUGAGGCCCCCAAACCAGAAGCUCCAAAGUCAGAGGCCCCCAAGGCUGCAGAAGAGAAAGUAGACAAAAAGAGUGAUUCAGAGGAAGAGAAGAAGGUAGAAAAGAAAGACGCAGCCAUGAACGGAGAUGUGGAGAAGACUUCCCCAGAGGACAAGGACAAGAAGGAUGAGGGUGGGAAAGAGGCAGAGGAGAAGGAUGUUAUCUCAAAUGGAGUGGACGAGAGCCCCACUAAAGAUGACCCCGACCAGAAAGAUGAUCCAAAGGACCAGAAGGUGGUCAUCACCCAAACAGUGGAGACCAUCACCACUGGAGAGGACGGGGCCAAGCAUGUCACCAAAUCAGUCACUGUCACCGAGACUGUGAAGGAGUCUGAGGAUUUGAUGCAGGAGAAGACAGUCUCCAGCAAGAAGAUGGAGAAACACUCUUCCCAGUCCGUCAAGGUGGUGACUGAAACUGAGUAACUGCGCUCCAUCCAACCCACUCAGGAGGAACAAAGAUGACACGACGACAAGCAAUCAACCCAGAACUAACAUAACAAAGAAAUCAUAGAGCUAGAGCGAUGUAAUAAAGAUAACCACUCUCAAACAUACAGAAAAGCAACGAGAGAAGCCAUAUGAUGUGACAAAGCUAAAGUUUAAAAAAUGCAUGUUGAGAGAAAGCUUUAAAAGGGUUUUGCUGCGGAUUAUAUCAGGGAAAUGUGGUAGUGGGACAGAUUAUUAAUUGUCUUUAUUUUUCCCUGCAGUUCACGGGAGGGCUCACGGGUGGGGGCGUCUGCAUGCUAGCUCAGGGAGGGAGUCCCCUCCGCUCUAACCUGUAUGUAUGGAUGGAAGGGUUACAGUUUAGAUGCAUACUGUAUGUGGGUGGGAGAGUGAUAGAAAUGUAUGUUAAUUCAAAUGUUAAUUCAAGAAGUGGUGCCUGGGUUGGAGGAUCCACUUUAGAGACACAUGUUCAAAAGGACUAGCCUUUUUAUGUGAAGAUACCAACUGAGCCAAAAAUACAAUCGUCGACAACACAAUAUAGUGAAGAAUGAGAAAGACGAUGGUGCGAUGUACUGAUGAUCAUAAACAUACAGUACCCGAAGCAACUAAUGCAUAAAGAACCUUGAAGAAACUCUGAGCCUUAAACAUGCUUUUUAUCAGUAUCUAUUAUGUUUACCUAAUGAGUGCAAUUGAAAAUAAAUAUGUAAAUGCACACACAUCCAUUCUUGUAUGCAUAGGAUGGACUUGACUUUAAAUAGCGAACAUAAAUGAGGUGCUACAGUUUGCAAUCCCAUGUCUUUACUCAUCAUGAACUAUUUCCCAGCAGCAUUUGCUCAAUAAAUGUCAUACUGAAAUACAAA